AUGUUCAGUUCUAAACUCACUCUAGCAAUUGGUCUCCUCUAUGCUCAUAGUAUUUUGGCCCGACCAAUCAAAGGCAUUGAGAGAGCUGUGAUCCAGGACGAGUAUGAUUUCAUCAUUGCUGGGGGUGGGACGGCAGGCCUUGUGGUGGCAAACAGACUCACGGAAUCAGGCAAAUUCCGCGUUCUUGUUCUCGAAGCUGGGCCUGAUCCAAAUGUUGUUGCAGCAUAUAAGCCUUUAGGUGGAAACUCGCUGAUAACAGGAUCAGCAAUUGAUUGGAGAUUUGAUACGGCACCUCAGCAAGGUCUUGAUGGGAGAAUUCUCACCUAUCAUCGCGGAAAGGGACUGGGAGGAAGUAGCAUGAUCAAUGGAUUCUACUAUGGGCGUGGAACAUCUACUGUCUACGAUCUAUGGGAAAAGAGAGGAAAUCCAGGAUGGUCAUGGGACAACGUUUAUCCUCUUUUCGUCAAGGGCACCCAUUUUAACCCUCAAAAUGAGUCUAAGGGAUUCGACAGUACCUACAAGACCUACAACAGCACAGCCUACGGAAAUGGACCUCUUGAAAUUGCAUACCAGGGCUAUGUUCCAGAAACAGGCAUCGCCUUUAUGAACGCUUGUGAAGCCGCCAACAUUCCCAUUGUCGAAGACUACAACACUGGGAAUAGCACAGGUAUUAAACAGGGUACAGCGACACUGGACAAGCAUCUGUUGCGCAGCUCCAGUUAUGACGGGUACUUGAAACAAGCUCUCGGUAGGAAGAAUCUUGAUGUUUUAUACUACGCGCCUGUCAUGCAGCUUCUAUCAAAGACAGAUGGUGACCGACCAAAGGUUACGGGAGUCCGAUUUAUGGAUCAUCCUACUGGGAGAUCGCAUCAGGUGCACGCCUCCAAAGAGGUUAUCGUGUCCAUGGGGGCUUUUCAGUCACCACAGCUUCUUAUGGUUUCGGGAUUCGGUCCAUCAUCUGAGCUCGACAAGUUUGCCAUUGAGCCUGUGCUUAUUAACGAAAACAUCGGUCGAAAUUUGAACGAUCAUAGUGUCUUUAGUAUAAUGGCGAGGGUGGAGGAUGAUCUCCAAUUCUCAUCAUCCCAAUUGUCAUCAGACUUUACUUUGUUAGAGGCAGCCCAAGAGGAAUUUUACAACAACGGCACCGGUCCUUAUACAGCCCCAAGUGGAAUCACCAAUGGGUUUCAACGACUUUCUGAACAGGAGCUGUUCGAUAUUGGGGCAGGUUCGGUAGUAGAAGCCGGCCUCGGAGAUCAAUCGCAUAUUGAGUAUCUCUUUGAAUCAACAUGGUAUCCAUCUGGACCAACGCCUUACUACAAACCACUGUCAAAUGAGUCUUACAUCUCAUUGACGGCGAGUAGUAUGGUUGCUUUGUCGCGGGGCAACAUUUCGUUAAAGGGUACCUCGAUGAUGAUGGCUCCUGAGAUAAACCCAAACUACUACACCCAUGACGCAGACCGAGCUAUCGCCGUCCGCAGCUUCCACUAUCUUCGAAAGAUUUUAGCCCACCCUGCCCUCUCACGAUAUACCUACGGUGCGAACCAUGGCGAAGUGAGCCCUGGUUCAGCUGUGGAAGAUGGCGAUGAAGAUGCAAUCUUCGAUUAUAUCAAGGCGAAUACCAUUCCAAACUGGCAUGCUUCUGGUACAAAUCAGAUGCUGCCCGAGGCCGAUGGCGGUGUCGUAGAUUCACGUCUUAGAGUUUAUGGUAUUGACGGUCUUCGUAUCAUUGAUUGCAGUAUCAUCCCCGUCCUGCCUGAUGUUAAUAUUGUUGGACCUGUGUUUAUGAUUGGAGAAAAGGGAGCUGAGUUGAUUCGUGAGGACUGGAAUGAUACCGAGAGCUAG